ACCUACCUACUAUUUUCAUUUGACUUUUUCACAAAUGGCGGAUAUCAAAUAUAACUAGCGCUACAUAAGAACGUGUUUGUAUCGUUAUUGCGCUUGAAGAACGAUAGUUCACGAAUAAAAAAAUGAUGGAAAUCACAAGAACAACGUUAGGUAUAGCUGUCGGAAUUGCGGGAACGCUGUUCUUGGGUUACUGUGUAUACUUUGACCAGCAAAGGCGCAAGGAUCCGCUGUUCAAAAAGAAGUUGAGAGAGCGAAGACUGAAUGCACAACAAAAUGCUUCGAGGUCUCGUACCCUCGGUGGACCUGUUCCAGACAUGAACGAUCAUGAAGCUAUGCAGAGAUUUUUCUUGCAACAGAUUCAACUCGGCGAAGAGUUGCUGGCUGCAGGUGAUCUUGAAGCUGGAGUCGAACAUCUCGGGCAGGCUGUGGCUGUUUGUGGACAGACUGAACAAUUGCUUAGUGUACUUCAGCAAACUAUGCCAGCUCCAAUCUUCCAUCUGCUUCUUAAGAAGCUGCCAGAAGUUUCAGAACGCCUCCGAUCCUCGAUGAAGGCGAGGAGCAACGUAAUGCAGGAAGAAGAUGUCGAAUAAAAAAUUGUGUAUUUGAAGAGAUGAAAGUAAAACAUGGUGGCCAUAAUAAUUGAUUUUAGUUUUAUUUUUAUCAGUCUUCUGUAGAUAUACUUACUCAUAUAUUAUAUUAAAAGAAGCUGACCUAAUAGCUUCAUGGUUUUGAAUCUUCCAAAACAUAUUUUUUGCAAAGUAGGUAACUAAAGAAUUUACUACAAAUAUCUAUGUAUUAAAAAAAAAUUAUGCAUGUGCCUACACCACUAAAUUAUUAUUACCAAAAUGAAUGAAUAAGAAGGAAGAGUUUGUAGAGCUGGUAAUAUAAUAAUAAUCAUCUUACAGUAAUAACACGAUUGCAUUUUUUUCCAAAUUGUAUAAAUAGAGGUUUGCCGCGCGAAAUUAUUUAAAUUAAGUGGCAAAAGUACGAGUACUUGUCCAUUAACGACAACGUAGUUAAUAAAAACGACAUUUACCCCAAAUUUUCUAUUUUUUCAGAUGAUUAAUAACAAAUUUAUAAUCUUUGGGCGACAAUGAUGGUGUAUAUUUUGUUUUUGGUUAUUUCUGUUGGCUCUUAACAGUUGUUGAACAUAGAUUAUACGCUUAUUAUUUGUGUUGAACAAACAAUUAAAAAAAUAAUGUGAAUAUUAUUAAAAACAAACUAGGAUCAAUCAUGUCUUCAUGUUUUACUUUUAAGAUCUAGAAUUUGUUUGAAUUUUAAAAGACAUCCGAUGAGCGAACGUCUCCUUUAAAUAACACGCAAAAUUUGUCUUUCAAAGUUUUGUUCACCUUUUAAUUGGUUCCUAUUCUUUAUUCUAUAAAUAAUGAACAAAUUGAUAAGAUGUAAAUUCUGCUGUGUUGUUAUUGGUUGUGUCAAGUAACAGAUAACAACGUAAUGAGUAAUCCUUCGAAUUUUUUGUCAUUAUGUCCUAUAUUAUUUUUAUUUACUUACCAAAUAAAUAUAAUUGUUUUAAAAUAUAGAUUCCGUACAAUAAUUCUUAAUGUCAAUGAAAAAGCCGCCAUUUUUAUUAGUCAAACCCGAUUUUGUUAUAACGCUUCUGCUGCCGUUUUUAUAGUUUUGUAGAAAUUUAUUAUCAAAACGACCCAACAAUAUAAAUGUUCGUAAUGGUUAUCGAUUUUGAGAAUUUUCGACAGUCUGAUCAUACAAUAUCUUCAAUCGUAGUUUUAGUUGAACUUAGUAUUAUAGGUUAUUUUGUUUUUGUGUUCAUCUGUUACGGAUGGUUGAGUUUCGAUUGUGAUUUUAUCAUUAAAUAAACAGAAUGUACAAUGAA